AUGGGUUCUGGGGCUAUUCUCGAGCCCUUGGCGGUCAUCAUUCUCCUCUUCGGAGGCACCUGGAUCAAUCGAGUCACCAAUACAACGUUUUCUCGCACAAAUAUUCGUCGACAGUCUUCUGAAUACUCACGGCCUGACUCACCAGACUCACUGGAAUCGGGAUAUUCAAGCCCAAAAUCCAGAGAUGGCCUCCUCAGUGCCCGCUCAUGCUCCCCGCUGCCGCAGAUAUCCGACGAUCGAUGGCAUAAACGGCAGCUCAAACUACUGGGCGCAUCCUGGACGGUAUCUUCUCCAAAUACGGAAGUGUUCAAAGACCGACUAUUGAGUCGUCUGCUUCGAAAACUGCCUUUCCUGGUGGAAUGCUGGUACUGGGCUCUGGUAUAUUGGACAUAUCAGCUCGGUCGUGCCUUCACCGCCGUCACCCUGAAGGAAGACACCGUCGACGUUGCCAGAAGCCAUGCCCUCAGAUUGAUCGAGGUGGAGGAACGCCUGGGAAUAUUCUGGGAAUCGCGCAUUCAGCAUUUCUUCCUUCGUCAUCCUUUGGUCAUGAGAUGGAUCAAUUGGAUCUACUCCUUCAUUCAUAUCCCGGGUACAAUCGCGUUCCUUGUCUGGCUGUAUUAUUAUACCAUCACUCGCAAUCGAAUCAACGAGCCUCAACAGGGAAAGCCUCGGGGAACCAUGAGUGGAUCACCGACAGGCCCAUUGCUGUAUCAGGCACGACGACGCACAUUGGCUGUAUGCAAUUUGCUCGCAUUCGUGGUGUUUACUCUCUGGCCUUGCAUGCCACCGCGGCUGCUUAGCGAUCCAAAUGUUGAGGGUCCAGAGGGUGAGCUUAGCCGCAGUUAUGGCUUCAUUGACACAGUUCAUGGGGCCAAUGGCGCAGGAAGUGUGUGGACAGAGAACCGAUUCUGCAACCAGUAUGCGGCGAUGCCAUCUUUGCAUUUCGGUUACUCCCUCAUGAUCGGACUUACCAUUAUGACUAUCCCUCUUCCAUCAAAACAUCGACGAGCUCUCCGUCCCCGCCUAGGCUGGAGUAUCGGGCUACGCCUGCCGUCGUGGCGAAGAAUGGUCUGUCUGGUCCUCGGCUUCCUAUACCCAUUCAUAAUUUUGGUAGCUAUUGUGGCCACAGCCAACCACUUUAUUGUGGAUGCAAUUGCUGGCGCUCUGGUUUGCGCCUUGGGUUGGUGGUCUAAUGGAGUACUGCUGAAUCUGUUGCCGAUGGAGGAUUACUUUCUCUGUCUGGUUCGGAUUCAUAAGCCAGAGCCCUCAUCCAUCAGCAUAAUUGACCGGCUAUCCGAGGAUUGGGACUCGGAGGAUUCAGAGACACGACAGGCUGUAAUUCCGCCAUGA